GAGGCGGAAGCUGUCACAUAAACAGAAGAGUAGCAGAAAAGGAGGAUAGCUCUUCUUCUUCUUCUGUAAAUGUAGCGUUUAUUCCCCCUGUUUUUUGUGUGAAUUGUACACUAGUGUGUGCUUAGUCAUGGCCUCCAGAGACACCAGCUUUCUAGGAGGCAGGAUACCACCGGAAAUUGAGUCUAUGUCGAAAAGCCUGAAGGAUGUGGACCACGAAACGUUCAGAAGAAUUUUGAAAGCUGUGGUCAGUGCCCUGGAGGGGAAGGACAGCAGGGAUGUGAUGAAGGCGAUAGCAGAGAGCAGCACCGUUCCACAGGAGAGACUCAGCCACAUCAUAGCUGGCAUGUACCGAGUGCUGUCCGAGGCCAUCCGCAUCCCCACAGCAUCCCUCAAACAGGAGGCCUUCAAAGACGAUCUCAGAGAAUUAAGGAUACCUGAAGACUUUAUCACAGAUUUCUCCAGUGUGGUGUUUGGAAAUCGACGUGCAGCUCUAGAGGCAGCGACCUCCCAGAAUGAUCCUCACCUACCCACGAUAGAAAACUUUAAAUGGAGAGUGGAUGUUGCCAUUUCUACAAGCUCUUUAUCCAGGGCUCUGCAGCCUUCUGUACUGAUGCAGAUGAAACUGUCAGACGGGAGUUUAAGUCGCUUUGAGGUGCCUGUGUCUAAGUUCCAGGAUCUCCGUUACAACGUGGCGUUGAUUCUCAAAGAAAUGAACAAUCUGGAGAAAAGGAGCAUUCUCCAAAUCCAGGACUAAUGCACCAUGUGGGGGUUUUAGGAAAUCAAACCAUCUUUUCUACUUGACUAUAUUCUGAGAUUUUAUGGAAAUUUACUAAAGACACACACACACCCGCACACACACACACACACACACACACACACAUAUGCUCUGUUAGCGUUUGCAUCCAACAUACCUGACUGUCCGUGUCAGGGGAUCAAAACAGCGCAGGUAGAAUCGUCAUCAGGCUGCACCACAUGAAUAACGAAGAGACUGUUUUGUGUGUUUCAACCUGUGUGUAAAACAUAUCUAUGGAUCAGACUGUAUUGUUUGUUUACUUGACUUUGGUUGUUAUCACUUUAAAUUUCCAUUAUUCAGUUUAGUCACCAGUUUAUCUGAGACGGCUGCCAAGCUCCAUUGUUUCUCGACACACGAGUGCAGCCAAGUGAAAUCUUAGACCCUCUCACUUGGCCACUUAGACAGGCGUCAUGUGAUCCGCUCUUUUGCUUUAGACUGAAAUUCGGUUCAGAUGCUCCUGAACUUUGAGAACGAAGAAAGUGAUUAUUUGUUCAUGUUUUUUUACCCGGGACAGUAAAAAAAACACUGUUGUAUAAAAAGUAAAAUUAUGAUGAUUGUCCUGUUAUUUCUUAUGUGUUGUUCAUGAUAACAUCAAGAAUGUUUACAUCUGUAACCACAUUUACCUAAUAAAAUCGAUCUGUUAUUGUC